GAUGAUUUGCAGCUGAUGGUUGCAAUUCAAUACAUUGUACAAGGAAACAAGGAGCGCGGUUCAGCCCUGUCAGCUGGGUGGGCCAUCGCGAGGAGCUCAGGUGACAGGGAUUAUACGGUGGGAUUGUGUGCAGCAGGAAAAAGAAACUCGCAGACUGUAGCUCAGGCUCAGACAGUGAAGUGUGCACCAGCAUCGACUGUGCGACCAGUCCCCAUCAGAGCUCCAGAGCCUGGAGCCGCACUCGCCAUGUCAUCCUACCCAGAGUUCAUUCGGUACCACGACCUGCUCCUGCCCCCCGAGGCGCACAGCAUGGAGAGCCUGGAGUACGCGCAGCGCUUCUCCGUGGAGGACACUGAUGUGUUUGCUGUGACUUACCCCAAAUCAGGUACAGUCUGGAUGCAGGAGAUCCUGCCACUGGUGCUUAAUGGGGGAGACCUGAAGCCAAUCCAAACCAUUCCGAACUGGGACAGGGUGCCUUGGCUGGAGGAGAAAAGAUUGUCCAUUGUUGUGGAUCAAUUGACAUCUCCGCGAGCACUAGUCACUCAUUUUCCUUAUCACCUCAUGCCUGCAUCCUUUCACACCUCCAAAGCCAAGGUGAUCUAUGUUGUCAGGAACCCAAAGGAUGUCCUGGUGUCUUCCUACUACUUCCACCAGAUGGCAGGAUUCCUCGAGGAUCCAGGAACUUUUGAUGAGUUCAUAGAGAAAUUCCUGGAUGGCAGAGUGAUGUUUGGAAAAUGGACGGACCAUGUGAAGAGCUGGAGACACACAGAGCUGGGAGACAGAAUCAUGUACAUCUCAUAUGAAGAAAUGGUUCAGGACCUGCCUGCGUCUCUCAGGCGUUUAUCUGGUUUCCUGGGCACUAACCUGAGUGAAGACACCAUUCAGAAGGUCGCAGAGCAUUGCACCUUCAAGACCAUGAAGACCAACAACAUGUCCAACUUCAGCCUGGUCCCAAAGCAAUACAUGGACUCUGACAAAUCUCCAUUCUUCAGGAAAGGUAUUGCUGGAGACUGGAAAGAACAUUUCAGCUCAGAGCAGCUGGCCCGGUUCACAUCAGUCAUUUGCAAAGAGAUGGAGGGUGAGAGCUUCUCUCUGCCGUGGAGUCUGGACUGAGCCACAGCCAGAGGAGAGACGCAGAGGGAGAAAGAGCCAUGUACAUAUUUGUCAGAGUAGGAAACUGGUGCUAAUUGGGCCAAAUGUUUUCAAAGUUAGGCAGACAAGUAAAAAGCUCUUUACUAAUGUUUCUACUCUGGUCAUCAUCCAGCUUCUCAAACAGGAUUUAGAAUGUGAAUUUAUGUUAAACCACCAACAAGGGAAUGCUGCUUCAACAGUGAUCAUUUGGAUUCUCCCAUCUGUAAAUAAGCUUGUUAAUGAGCUAUUUCGUUAUGUUCCUCCUUCUUAAUGUGGUUAAAACUAACAACUAUUGUUGACUCCUUGCUAGUUUGCAAAAUGUGACAAUGUAAUGUUAUGCUUGUAUAAGGCACCUGAAGCUCAGCCUGUAGAAACUUUGAAUACACUUUCAUUAAAUUAUCAUGGCUGACAUGCA